CUGGUCGGUAAAGUCGAAGGAUCCCAUGGAUCCGAAAAUACCCCGCGAACGGGUGAACGGGGAACGUGGAUUGGUAAUAGUUGGAUUCAUCUUAUUCCAGCACCUGUGAGGAAAUAUACAUACGUUCAUGGGCUUUGUUUUGUAGUUGUAUUUGUAUUUACUUUAUGUUCCCCGUGCUUUCGAUAUUUGCUGCCGUUCUCUGUGUUGUGCCGCUUUCUCCAGAUAUUCGUACUGAAUGAUUUCCUGAGCCAGUUCUGGAUUCUCCCUUCUUUUCAGGUCUCCCCCACCCCACCCCACCCCACAACGCCAUGUUGCGCAUAAUCCUAUUUGGGUGGCUGUUGGCCGGCCCGGCACUCCUGGUCCACUCGGAGCUCACAGAACUAGAUGGCCCCAACAUAUGCAAGAGGCGGGAGAGCUACCCCGUUGAAGUUGUCUACACUGAGCUGCAGUCGUACCAGGAGCGUGGCUCCAACUGGUGCCUCACCAUCCCGCCACGCUGCUCCACGUACCGCAUCAAGAAUCGGGUGGUAAACAAGACCAAGACAAUCAUGAAGAACCGCAUUGUGCGCGACUGUUGCGAUGGCUAUGUGUCCAGCGGCGGGGAGUGCGUGCCCCAUUGUACGGACCACUGCGAGCACGGCAGAUGCAUUGCCCCGGAGAAGUGCAAGUGCGACCAUGGCUAUGGCGGCCCUGCCUGUGAUAUAAGUUCGUUUAACCUUUGCUUCCCUUCCCUUCCUUUCCCUUCUCUUCCCCGAUUAACCCUUUCGUAUUUGUGUACAAUGAAACGCCUUGGGGGUGGGGUGCAUGUGGGGCCACCUCUGGGUCCCAUUGCUUAGUCCUUU